UUCUGAGUGAACAGCUGCAGAGGCUGAGCUAACACUAAUUUGCGAGGCUGAGCGGUGGUGGUACAGGUGUCCCCGGGUGGCGGUGUCUCCUUCCCAUGUGACGUGUGUGCACCCCAUGGCUUGAGUGUGUCCAUCUUUAUUUUGGUGUGAGAGUGUUCACGUGUGUCUGGGGUGAUCCCUUCGAGGCCCUCUUCUCCCCUCCUACACUGUGCCCCCAACGAAAAAAAUCAGUCAUGUCUGCAGGAAAGCAGACUUCUUUUGAAGGGACUAUUAUCCAAAACUUCAAUUUCUUCUUGGAACACACCGAAGAACACAAGGUCAUGCUCCAGCAUCUUCCUGGCAUCCUCCGACCAGAAUUUGAAAGAAUUGGAGCAGGCAAAAGCAGCCUGGAUGUUCUCGGUGUUGGAAGUGGGGCAGGUGACAUGGAUGCAGAGAUGUUAUCUUUGCUCCAGUCUGUUUUUCCUGCUGUGCCCAUCACAGCUGAUAUUGUCGACGGGAGCAUUCAGCUCACAGACAGCUUCAAAGCUUUGGUAGCAAAUACGGCCAACCUCCAGAAGAUCUCAUUUGCUUGGCACAUCAUGAACAGUGAGGACUACGAGAAGCAAGUGAAAGCACAAGAAGACAUGAAGAAGUUUGACUUCAUACACAUGAUUCAUGUGCUCUACUAUGUGGAAAACCUCAAUGAGGCACUCAAGUUCCACCACAGCCUUCUGAAACGUAAUGGCAGGCUUCUGAUCAUCGUAAAUGCUGCCACUUCUGACUGGGUUCCCCUGUGGAAGGCUUACAUGAAGGAGCUUCGUGCUGGUACUGACAUAGACAAACCAAAAAUGACCUCUGGAGAGGUCAUUGCUUGUCUGAAGAGCCAGGGCCUGAAGUAUGACGAGUAUGUUAUCCCAAUCUCAUUCGACAUCACUGAGUGCUUCAAUCCAGGCAGCACCACUGGAGAACGUCUGCUCAGUUUUAUGACAUCCAGGCCACACUUCAGCCAGUCCUUCACACCGGACAUCAGAGCGGGCAUCCUGGAUCUUCUCAGAAACAAGUGCAGCACGAUGAAAGACGGCAGGGUUUUCUUUAACAGCACCUCCAGCUGCAUCAUUGUUCAUGCUUAAGUUUGACAAAUGAAAAAUCACCAUUGAGUCUCUUUAUUUUUUUUUUUUUUUUUUUUUCCCCUUGUCCUGUUCGGCAGCUGAGGCAUGCAAUAUUGUAUGA